AUGCCUCUACCAUAUCAAUACAGCAAAUUAUCUCCAGCGGCAAGUACUCGCAUCUUGGAGCUUCAGCCGUCUUACGAGCAGGAGGGCCUGCUACAGUGUAACCUGCGUGAGAUCAAUAUAGAGUCCGAUCCAUUCUACGAGGCCCUGUCAUAUACCUGGGGCAAACCAGAGUUCACAGAGCCACUCAUUCUCGAUGGCGACUUCGUAAUACACAUCACUCCAAAUCUUCGCGAUGCUCUGCUGCGGUUUCGCUCUAAACUCAGCGUGCGGCGGCUUUGGGUCGAUGCCAUCUGCAUUAACCAGCAAGAUGACGACGACAAAACGAAACAGAUUCCCCUCAUGACUGAGAUAUAUAAACGUUGCUCGGGAGUCUUAGUUUGGCUGGGUAAUGACUCUCACGGGCCAUCAUCGAUGGAGUCUGUUAAUGCAUAUUCUCGACAAAUCGACCAUCAAGAUGACGAGAGGGUUAUCCAAGAUGACCUAGAGUCCCUCGUUCGCUUGCCCUGGUUUGGUCGACGCUGGAUCGUGCAGGAAGUCGUUCUCAACCCAAACGUGACUCUUUUCUGCGGCGAAUCCCAGAUCCCGUGGCUUCGUCUCCUCCAGGUCGUCCGAAAUAGCCAAAACAUAAGCGGGUUAUUGUCGGUGGUGAAGACGAUGGAGUCGAUUUGGAUCUACCACUGCCUCGGAAUUGAAGCCAGUUCACAGGCUCCUCUCCGAUUGCUAGAUCUCCUCUCCGUUUUGUCAGAGUUGGGAUGCGUGGACGCUCGCGAUCGUAUAUACGCACUCGCUGGUCUUGCUUCCGACACUUUCCUCACUCAGCCCGGUGAGGUCAGUCGGGAUCCGAGAGAAAUUAAAAUCGUCGUGAGCUAUAACCAUCCAGCUGAAAAUUUAUACGUGGAUCUCAUCACCAUGAACUUUCGCUGUUUCGACUACCGAGAUCUACUCAAACACACCGACCUCAGAUCAGAUGGAUCACACCUAGGUGGAUUGUGCUCUUGGAUUCCUGACUGGAGGUUGCCGGUUGUUAGACAGACGCUCUCAGGGGGGUGGAAUCUCGAAGGGUCACCCAAAGUCUCUCUUGAUGCCGAGUCCAGCGCUUUGCAAAUCCAUUUCCGACAGAAGCAAAACGAUUCGGGAUACAUGCUACUGGGAUCCAUCGAAAAAACGUCAAGUGCUUUUCCCCUUAAUGCCUCCCAGAAUGCCAUCAUGGAUUGGAUUAAAGAAGUUUGGGGCCUCGUAAUUAGCUGGGCUACAAUGGCAAGACGGGAGCUCUUAAUACACCAGCUCGGGAUGAUCUUCUUCCAAGACCAUAUGAAAGACGAGUGGUCCAAGGCAAUUGCAAAUUAUGACUGGCAAAUGUACUACUUCAAAGGCUAUGCAGAAUUCACGAAAAUGAUACUGGAAGAGUUGGAGUAUUCUCAGGAUGAGGGGCUGUUUACGUUGCUUAAGCGUACCAUGGAAGGCCGCCAACUUUUCUUAUUGUCGCCUAAGCCUGGGCGACCAGCAUCAAGCGGCGAUGAGUCCGUAACCAUCAGCACUUUUGCUCUACCUGCAAUUGGAAUAGGCCCUUCACACGCGCGUCCUGGAGACCUUGUCUGCACCAGAGAAGUCACUACAAAGACGUGGGCAGAUCUCCCGCAUGACUGUACUGGCGACUCUACUUUCUUGCUUCGCGAGACGGAGGUAGGGCAGGACAAGUUUCUCUACAUAGGAGAGGCCAGGGUCAACCGGCGCCAUACAAGUGAUGGGACCCAUUGGAAAACGGGAUACAGGCUGCAUUCCAUCACUUUAUGUUAG